UCAUGUAUUCAGUUUUCUAGAGUGAACGCUGUCUCCAAUGAGAACUUAGGAUUUUUACAACAAAUGAAUGACCACUUAUGCGGAGAGAAUAAAGUUAACCUCUUCGGCAGACGUCACGUCGAGCAAACACUUUUCCACUCUGUUGACAUGCAUUGAAAAUUGAUGAAUCAUUUCGCCAUUUUCCUAAAGAAAGAAAGAAAGAAAGAAAAGAUCAAUUUUUACGCUCGACAGAAGUUUCGCGAGCAUCUUUUUUUUUGCCGUUUUUGACUCAAUUUGAAAAUUAGAGACUGAACUGAUCUUUCACCGAAACAAGCUUACUGUGCAUGAGUUCCACUUUUGUUAUUCAAAUAAUUUAUUUAAAUAAACUUCACCCAAUACUUGUUUUUUGUAAAAUUCAUGCUUGAAUGAUACUGAUAAAAUUUACAUUUCAGCUUUCUUUCUCGAUGCGUGACUGAAUACCAUACAACUGUAAAACGGUAUCGGUAAUCAAUUUGUCAACUGAAGCCCGCAAAUUCUGUUUGCAGUGGUUUGCAGACAUCUAAGAUGGCAGAGAUCGAAGCUGGGCAAGCAUUAGCACCUGGAUAUUCAGACAAAAUUCAGUACGAAUCCGCGACAAAAAAACGCCACAAGCUAUUCAGAGUUAAACGAAAGACAGCUUUUGUGAUUGCAGCUCUCAUAGCAGUGCUGGGUUUUAUUUUCUUUAUCAUAGGUUUGGUUCUCUUAGUGAAGAGUCGUAGCGCCAAAUCUGAGACACAUAAAACAAGCAUUGAGGGAGACAUCCGUGAAGAUGAUGAGAUUGCAAAGUGCGCAUUUUCAGCCGAGGCAAAGCGUGUAGGUCUCCUUGACUUUUUGAAGAGGAUUGAUAGUACCGUCCGUGAGCUUCAUCCCUACGAUGCUCGUUUCAUGACAGGAGUCUCCAUUGAAGAUAAGAAAAAGAUAUUCCAACCAUAUAACCCAACCCCGGAGAGUAUCAAAGCCAUUUCUGAACGCGCGCAUUCUAUGUUGGAGGAGUUGGGAAGUUUAAAGAUCGACAAGAAGCUUCUCCUUACACGUGAACGGCGCAUGAUCGCUAAAACGCAUCAUUUCUUGAAGCAUUACUUCGGGCGGCCUUUUGAAAACAAUUAUUUAGCCGGUUACUGGAUGUUGGGACCAGGCAGGUACUGCUAUCGGACUUUCAAGGGCAUCACAUCUAUCAAGCAACAGCUCACCACCGUAUUUCUCCUUUUCGCUCCUAAGACAGCGUCUGAACUGGAAGCAGCUUUGAAUCUUCUCGCCAAAUUCAAAACCGGGAUUAAACAGUUCAAGGAAAACUUGAAAAGCGGGAUUCGAACCGGUAUGGUAGGGUCCGUCACUGUGUGCAAAGAAGGAAAAGAAUGUCUAGAAGACAUUUACAUUGAGGUCUCUUCGCAGCAAUCGGGCCGCGGAAUCCUGACGGCUUUUCAAGAUCAAAUUUCAACCUUUGUCUCUGAACUAAGCUCCCACGAGGCUGCAAAGAUUAUGGCAAAGCACGGAAUGAAUGGUGCUGAUGUUGUGGAGGAGAGCCUCGUUCGUAAUGUUGGAUCACCGUUGCUUGAUUUAUUUGAGUACCUUCAGAAUGAACACUUGUCACACUGCUUACCGACCAAUGUGUCAAGUGGACUGGGUACGUUGCCUGUCAAUCAUGUCUACCUCAACGGGAGUAAAACCUUGGAGAUGACAAAUCCGACUUUCAGAGAAGGAAACACGGUCCUACCUGGAAAGGAGUCUUACAAAAACUUCUUGUCUUACUACACAACACAAGAAAUUACACCAGUUGAAGUUCAAGAUUUGGGCUGGGAGAUGUUGGAGAAACUUUACCUACAAGCGGUGGAUAUUGCUAAGAAGAUCACCAAACAGGACACGGAGGAGAUAGCUGUAAAUCAGUUUACAAAAUACCUCAACUCGACGGAAAUGUACUUUAAUGAAAACCCUUUUCCGGAAAAUGAAUCUAAUGAAGAGGCCUUUCGCAAAUGCAAGAGUGAGGAGGCCGCCCAAAUCUAUUGUCCACAGCGUUACAAAACGAUGUUAAAAUGGCUGGAUUUGUCACGCAACACCAUUUCACGCCUUCUGCCAAAAUUGACAGAUUUAUUUUACUUCACUGGAAACAAGACCACCGUUCCCACCUGCCCAGUUGCUAUGGAAAUAUCAUUCAAUCCCUUACAACCCGUGCAAAGUUAUUCUACGAGUGGAAGUUCAUGUCAAUCGCCCAGCAAGUACAAGGUGCCCUUCUUUGUUGAUCGAAUGGGGCCAAAGUACUUUGAGUUCACAGUGAAUGCACAUGAGGCUAGCCCCGGACACCAUUUGCAGUCUCAGGGAUACGUAGAAAACUUCCGAGAUGCAUGCCGGGAAGGCGUCAAUUUUCAAUUCCUAAAGGAUAUUACAGGAAUUGCCAUUAGAGAGGGUUGGGGUUUAUACUCCGAGAAUCCACUAGCAGCACAGGAUACAGAUCUAUAUCACAACCGUAUCCUUGAACGUUACGGUGCUCUCAAGGGUCAAAUAUGGCGCGCACUUCGCCUCAUCAUAGAUACCGGCCUCCAUUCUAGGAACAUGACGCGAGAAAAAGCCAUAGAUCUCUUUCGGCGUUAUAUGUGGGAUUACAGCGACGUUGUUCCAAACGAGGUUAGUCGAUACCAGGCAUAUCCGGGACAGGCGACCGCCUACAUGACUGGUCAGCUGGCAAUUUGGAGAAUGCGCAAUGAAACUUCAAAGAAACUCGGAGCAAAGUUCAAAAUACAAGAUUUUCAUUAUCAAGUAUUGUCUCAAGGCGAAGUUCCAAUUUCAUACCUUCAGACCCAUAUUGAGGAGUACGCCAACUGUGUCCUGCAUGAAAGAGGCAACGGUUGUUGGGAUGCUCUUACUGUUGUUAACGAACAAGAGCAUUACGGACAGACAUCUGCAAUAGAUGAGCAACAACAGCGGGUAAUACGAGAGAAAUUAAACCAGCUAUAUCCCGCAGACUCUUGUAUAUUUUAGCGAUGUAAAUGAUAACACGUAGCAUAGAGUAUUUUAAUGUCCACAUUGGGAAUUUUUGUAGUCAAUUGACAGAGAUCUCAGACUAAUGCUAUUUUCUGAGCAACUGCACACCUACCCCUCCCCUAACCCGAUAACAGUUAACUGAUAGCGCACCUACCCCUCCCCUAACCCAACAACAGUCCACUGUAAACAGCUUAGGGUUAAAAUGUACAUGUUGGGUCAGGGGAAGGGUAGGUGCGCAAUUGUUCAGAUUCUGUAAUAAUAAUUUAUCUGAGAUCUCGCUGUCUAAGAGAAAACACUAAAUACAGCCUUAAACUCUUUUAUUCGUUGAAAAACAAGGGAGCACUUGGUCAUUAUAAGAGCUUCAUUGCUUUUUUUUUAGACUUUAUCUGCCGUGUGUUUUUCCAUUGGCUCAGCGGGACAGAAAUAGGAGGGAAAUGUUUUCUUAUAGUCCGCCGGAGCCUGGUAAUGAAUCAUGUGAUUUUUGACGGGGAGUUUUCUUUUUUUUUUAAGCCCGCCAUAUCUGUCGUUUUCUCGCCCACCAACUCAUUCGAUAGAUUUCAAGUUUAAGUGAUGAAAUGAUCUUCUCAGGUGAGUUGCUAAAAUUGCGGUCCGCCUGCGAGGAUCAUUUCACUGAAGAUUUGUGAUCAAAUUUCACGUUACACUACACAGUGUCGUCAGUCGUAUUGAUAUUUGCGCGUAUGGAUCUGCAUGUAUGGAUCUGUUGAGUCUGCAGAAAAGGUUCGAGUUGAUAGCAUUCUUCAUGUCAUCGCUGUCGAUGGUUUGUGAGAAAAAUGUCAAAUUAGUUUUGUAAAUAAACAAAGAAGGCAAUGAUAGAAAAAAGAAAGUAGAAAUAUCGCUUAUUGCACACGA